GGAAAGGGCGGGGGUUAGAAACCACCGUCCUCGGAGUGGGAGAAAGAUGUGGCAAUCUGCUUCUGUCAGGAUUACAGCCUUGGAAACCCAGUGGGGCAAUUAUAUCCUAAGCAGUAGGGUUGCUCUGAGUCGGGAUUGACUGCACGACAGGGGUUUAGUUUUUAGUUUAAUUGUUAUAUGGCUUUGACAGAGAUGAAGUAGUAAGAAACUGAAUUUCCACUCUAAGGCGGAAAUUUCCUUCACAAUUGUGCCAAAGACAAUAUGGCCAACCUGAUAUGGCUGAACAAAGUUAACAUAGGAGACAAGCAGUUUACAGAGAUCACACACCCUGUGUUUCUCCAGGAUCCUAAGCGUGGAUAGAGACAGGAGCUGUGUUGGAUUAGAUGCUAAUGAGGCAACCGUAAUAUCUGCUACCAAAUAGCCACACUGAAUAGGUUAGGGGCUUCUUGCAGUAAAAAAGCCGACAUAUUUGCAGUAUUAGAGCAACAAAUAUUGGCACUGAGGGCAAAAUGAGAGGCGUGCGUUAUGGAAGUAUUCAACAUAUUACAACACAUCCUGAUGAGCCACACUACCGUGUUGGUAAGUGUGCCUCAUUUUUAAAUUAUUUUAGAAAGUGCUCUUAUUUGGAUAAAUAUGAAAAGUGCAACUGUUGGAAAGUGUUGAUUUAUAGGACACAACUUUGAACAUGGAGAAGUGAAAGGCAAAUUGAUGAGUAAUGUGUAUAGCAUUUGUAAUAUAAACAGAAUAAAUUUGUGUUUAAAGCAAAUGUUAUAAUGUAGAAAGAAAAUAAUAUGUGUAUAUCUAAUCUAUUGAAGGUAAGAGGAACAAAAGGCUGCUGUUUUACAUAGAGGAAAAGAUAGGAGUAAAUAUAUAGGUAAUAAUCAGGCAGGAGCUGCAGGUAUUUGAAAAUUGAAAUGUGUAGUUUUCAUUGUCCUAUUUGGGAAAACAUUGCUAACUCUAAAGUCAUUAACGUAAUUUAUGUUUGUAAUAAUUAGAAUGGUAAUUCACUGGAGUUGCUAUUAUGGAAGCAGUCUUGUUAUUUUCUUUCAGUACUAAUAACCACUUACUCCAGAUCGAUUUAUUUAAACAGUCUGUUUUUCCUCACUGCAUUUUCUCAAAUCUGAUUUUCUUUCUUCAGGUUAUCACUGCUUGGGAUUGGCAUUUAAUCUUUGUAAUGCCCACAUAUCUCCCCGCCCCCCGAAGAUAACAAUCCCACGUAGAAUGAAAGCCAUAUAUUUUACUUUUGGUAAGAAGGUAUUGCAUAGUCAGGAUUCUGUGUCGGUCUGUACACAGAGGGAAAAAAAAUGAUCUCCAAGGGAAAAAAAAUGCUAAUUGAAAAAUUCAGAGGAAAAAUACUGAUCACGUUCGACAGUGAUAUAAAUGAAAUGAGAAUUAAAUAUCAAGACAGUUAACUGCACAUAAUAAAAAAUCGAGUCAUGGUGGCUUUCUUGACCAGACUUGAAAAAUUUGUUCUCCCUGACAAUUCACCCAUGUUAAUAUCAAAUAUAAAUGUCUGUAUGGAUUUAGAUGAAGCAGAGAUACCCAGAUAAAGCCACAGUCAGAGAUCAGGUGGAAGUCAGGUUCACAUUUUCUGCCCUGGCCAGGUACAGAUGCUUCCCAUACUCUGGCAUGAGGAAAUUGCUCCAUCUGUGAUUUCCUUGCCAUAAGGUUGAAAACUGUAGAACUGCAUGAGGACUGAAGAUACUCUCAAGGCUGAGCAAUGCCUUGAGCCUGGGGGGAAGCCCUACCCCGGGAAAGAGCUGAAGCCAAAAACCUGUCACUCCCUACAUAACUCAACACUGUGUCCCUCAACCUGCACCCUCAUCUUCCAUUUCAGGUCUCAAGUGUGACUCGGGAAGAAUUGGUCCUGUCUGGGCGGCCUGGGACCAAGAGCUGCCAUCUUAUACAUCUGUAAAUCACCAGUAAGGAUUCCAAUUGCUAACUGCCUGUGUAGACAAAACAUUAUUCAUCUGCUUCCAGACUGCUAAGUGGCCUUGCCUCCACUCCCAUUGCUCUUGCCUUAACUGGCUUUUUGGGCUGUAGAGAGGACAUUCACUUAGACUUCGAGAGGUUGGAGGCAGGAAAUGGACUCAGUGGUGUUUGAGGAUGUGGCCGUGGACUUUACCGAGGAAGAGUGGGCUUUGCUGAAUUUUGCUCAGAGGAAACUCUACAGAGAUGUGAUGAUGGAAACCUUCAGAAACCUGGCCUCGGUUGUUUCUCAAAAGGUUGAUAAAGAACAAAUGGUGUCCACUGAACAUUUAAUAAUGCGAUUCAUGAAGAAUAACUUCCAGUAUACCAUUUUAGGAGAAACUUGUGAAUUCCAUGGCUUUGAAGAGCAGUGUAACAACCAAGGGAGGCAUAUAAGAUGGCAUACAGAUGAGAGUCUCCAUGAAAGUAAAGAAUGGAAAGAAAAGGAAAAGAAAGAAGGUAAUCAGUGUGUAAAACUUUUCAGCAAGAUUGCAUGUCUUACCGGGCUCAAAAGAACUCUUGCUAGAGAAAAUCCUUCUAAAUGCUGUGAAUGUGGAAAAGCUUUCCAGUAUCAUUCUUCAUUUAAAUGUCACAUCAGAUCUCGCACUGGAUGCAAUACCUAUCAGUGUAAGGAAUGUGGAGUGGCCUGUAGUUCCUCUUGCCUAAGCACUCAUGUAAAAACUCUCACUGUAAAGAAUAUUUAUAAAUGUAAGGAAUGCGGUAUCGCUUGUAGUUGUUCCUCAUCCUUCAAUACCCGUGAAAGAACUUACAGUAGAGAGAGGCUUAAUGAACGUGAGGAGUUCGAGAAAGCUUUUGGUCAGUUCUCAGCCCUCAUUGAACAUAAAAAAAUUCAAAGUGGAAGGCAAUAUUAUCAUAAGGAUUAUGUGAAUACCUUUAGUUUUUCCUCAUCCCUCAGUAAGCAUAUUAGUAUUCAUAAUGGAGUGAGUCCUUCUGAAAAUAAGGAAUGUGAGAUAGCAUUUAGUAACUCCUCAGAGCUGACUAACCAUUUAAGAACUCACAGUGGAGUGCAGCCUUAUGAAUGUAAGGAAUGUGGGAAAGUCUUUAGUUGUGCUUCAUACCUCACUGCACAUGUAAGAAUUCACAGUGGUGAGAGGCCUUAUAAAUGUAAGGAAUGUGGGAAAGCCUUACGUUAUUCCUCAUCUUUCAGUAAACAUAAAAGAACUCACAGGCAAGAGAGGCCUUAUGAAUGUAAGGAAUGUGGGAAAACCUAUAUUUGUGCUUCACACCUCACUACACAUUUUUUAAGAACUCACAGUGGAGAGAGGCCUUACAAAUGUAAAGAAUGUGGGAAAGCCUUUAGUUGUUCCUCAUCCCUCAUUACACAUACAAGAACUCACAGUGGAGAGAGGCCUUAUGAAUGUAAGCAUUGUGGAAAAGCCUUUAGCCAGUUCUCAAACCUAUUGAAUCAUAUAAGAACUCACAGUGGAGAAUGGCUUUAUGAAUGUAAGGAGUGUGGGAAAACCUUUAAUGAGUCCUCAAACCUGAUCAACCAUAUAAAAACUCACAGUGGAGAGUGGCCUUAUGAAUGUAAGGAAUGUGGAAAAGCAUUUACCCGGUCCUCAGACCUCACUACACAUACAAGAAUUCACAGUGGAGAGAGGCCUUAUGAAUGUAAGGAAUGUGGGAAAGCAUUUAUCCAGUCCUCAACCCUCAGUAGGCAUAUAAAAACUCACAGUGGAGAAAGGCCUUAUGAAUGUAAGGAGUGUGGGAAAGCAUUUACCCGGUCUUCAGCUCUCACUACACAUAUAAGAAUUCACAGUGGAGAGAGACCUUAUGAAUGUAAGGAAUGUGGGAAAGCAUUUAGCCAGUCCUCAUCUCUCACUACACAUACAAGAACUCACAGUGGAGAGAGGCCUUAUGAAUGUAAAGAAUGUAGGAAAACCUUUAGUCAGUCCUCACACCUGAUUAACCAUAUAAGAACACACAGUGGAGAGUGGUCUUACAAUUGUAAGGAAUGUGGGAAAUCUUUUUGUAAUUCCUCAAGCUUCUGUAGACAUGUAAGAAGCCAUAGUGGAGAGAGGCCUUAUAAAUGUACGGAAUGCGGAAAAGUCUUUACACAGUCCUCAUCUCUCACUCAACAUAAAAGAACUCACAGUGGAGAGCGACCUUAUGAAUGUAAGGAAUGUGGGAAAGCAUUUAGCCGGGUCUCAAACCUCACUAGACAUAUAAGAACUCACAGAGGAGAGAGGCCUUUUGAGUGUAAAGAAUGUAGGAAAGCCUUUAGUUUGCGCUCAGCCCUUACUAGGCAUAUAAAAACUCAUAGUGGAGUGAGGCCUUACAAAUGUAAGGAAUGUGGGAAAGCAUUUAUUCGGUCCUCAGCUCUCAAUACACAUAUGACAAUUCACAGUGGAGAGAGGCUUUAUGAAUGUAAGGAAUGAGGGAGAGCGUUUAGCCAGUCCUCAUCUCUGUCUGACAUACAGGAACUUGGAGUGGGAAAAGGCCUUAUCAGUGUAAGGAAUGUGGGAAAGAGGUACGCCUCAGCUUUCACUCACUAUAUAAGAACAGUGAAAACAGGCCUUAUGAAUGUACGAAAUGAGGGAACAUCUUCAGUUCUCUCUCGGCCACUUGAAAAUGUGGAAGAAUACACUGAGGAGAAGUAUAUAUUGCACAUAUGACAGGUCCUACACAUGUCAAAGACUAGGGAAGUCUUCAGGGUGCGUACUUCUUUUGGACCUGUAUAAUACCUUACAUACUGGAGAGAGUUGGACUAGAAGCAAAGAAUGUUUUCGUUUGUAGCACAUGACUUUGGAUAAGUAUCACAAUGUUAAUUUGGUUCUGUUGUAUAAAAAUGGCCUGUAAUACAAACUCUCAUCAACCCGUGGAGUCUUAACUUUUAUGGUUUCUUUUUACUCUAUUGUUUUUUAAGAUUUUUAUUUAUAUUUUUUCUUAUUAUAAAGCAGUAUGUUCUUGAUAUACAGAAAUUGGAUUUUAACAGGAAUUUGGGAGGAAAAGCAAAAAUCACUCAGAAUUCUACCAAUCUUAUUAUUUUGUGUUUUUUUUUAGUCUGCUGUGUGUGCAAAGUAGUCACUUCCUAAAAAAUCUGAAUUGUACAUCGUGUGUAGUGUUACAUUGGAAAUUUUUUCAUUGUCUUUUAAAAUUUUCCAGAACUACUAUGUUUCUUACUUUAUGAAUGGGAAAACUGCACAGAAAAUUUUAACUCACAUCCCACCAUUUCAUAAAAAUGUCCCUCUCAAAUGGUGCUGUGAGAAGCAGGAUUUUCAUUGAAGGAGGGCUCACAUUGAGGUUACGUGGAAAUGGUGGACCUGCACAGACACACAACCUGAUCUAAAUUCAAUGGAACUUGUGGCCAGCUCAGUCCUUUUGGUAAUUUUGUCAUUCAAGGAGAGUACACUAGGCCAGGAGUUGAGGCUGCAGUUGCUGGACUGGGCUGGAUUGGUGGCUGCUUAUGUACCUGGGGUAUAUACCUGCUACAAGGCCUGUAGGUUUAUAGAGAGCUGCUCUGCCCCGUGGUGACCUAGGAUCUUUUUCUUGACUUCUCAUGUAAGUGGCUUGGGAAAUGGUGGUAGUAGGUAGCAAAAAUCUUCAAAGUAGGCCUCCCAUUGGCCGAAUUGCCCUUUCAGAAUCAUUUUUUGGACUUCCUUGGGCACCGUUGUUUGUGUACCUUGGUAAUAGUGCUACAUUGUGGAAAUAGUGAAAGAAGAGAAAUGGUGUCAGUGUUCAACAGGGAGUUUUUAGAUAAUUGUUUAGCUACAUGUCACAGUGUUGUACUACUAUUAAAUGUGUUUCUUUAGAAAAAUUUA